AGACUGGUCUUUCUUCUCUUUCUUUCUUUCUGGCUUUAGCUUAUCUGUGACCUAUCUUUGUCACUUUCUAACAGAACAUAGAAUAAGGUAUAAUCUCCAGACAUCAUAGAUUUCAUCGAAUGUUCUUCUUCUUCGUCUUUCUUCUUUAAUUUUUGAUUUGUUAAAGUCAUUAAAACUGGAAGGAGGUAAUGAAAAAUGGUACGGAGAAGGUAGAAGAUGAUGGACCUACUACUGCUUGAAUCUUUGGCGGGCACAAACAGGUCACUUUCAAUGAUACUUGCUGUCCAGUGUGGGUUCCCCUGUUUCCUCUCACCCCUGACCCCAUCUAAUCACUCUUUCCAACUUGCUACACUCUUAUGAGAGAGAGAGAAAACUAAUCUUUCAAAUUUUUGAUUAUUUUCUUACAGUCUGUGUGAGAGAGAGAGAGAGAAGUAAAAUAAGUUCAGAUUGUUUGUCAAGAAGAUUUAAAUUUCUAGAGGUGGUGAAGGAGAUCACAGAUCUUCUGUUCAUAUGAAGAGAUCUUUCCUUCUCUGGUAUGUGCUCCUGGUACAAGCAUUCUUCUAUGGUGCUUGGUAUAGUGUUGGUGGAAGCCUGCAUUGUGAAUAUUCAAACUCGGUGAUUCUUCACCGGCCUCACAGCGUCUCAAUCACAGAGUUUGGAGCGGUUGGAGAUGGUGUCACUCUAAACACUAAAGCCUUUCAGAAUGCUCUGUUCUACCUCAACUCUUUCUCUGAUAAAGGCGGUGCCAAGCUUUUUGUUCCUGCUGGUCAGUGGCUUACCGGUAGUUUCGACCUUAUCAGCCAUCUAACGUUAUGGCUAGACAAGGGUGCAACCAUUCUCGGUUCAACGAGCUCGGAGAAUUGGCCUGUGGUUGAUCCUUUACCAUCAUAUGGACGAGGAAGAGAGUUGCCUGGUAGAAGACAUAGGAGUCUUAUAUAUGGUCAGAACCUCACAGAUGUAGUCAUAACAGGUGAGAAUGGGACUAUAGAUGGUCAAGGAAGUGUAUGGUGGGAUUGGUUUAGAAACGGAGAGCUAAACUAUACAAGACCUCAUAUUGUUGAGCUCAUAAACACUACAGGUCUUAUCAUCUCCAACCUCACCUUCUUGAAUUCACCCUUUUGGAACAUUCAUCCUGUUUAUUGCAGAGAUGUUCUUGUAAAGAAUCUCACAAUCUUGGCUCCUCUUGACUCUCCAAACACAGACGGAGUUGAUCCAGAUUCAUCAACUAACGUUUGCAUAGAGGAUUGUUACAUAGUUACUGGAGAUGAUUUAGUGUCGAUAAAAAGCGGAUGGGAUGAGUACGGCAUAUCCUACGCAAGACCGAGCUCCAAGAUCAAGAUCAACCGGGUAACGGGUCAAACCACUUCAAGCUCAGGAAUAGCGAUAGGAAGUGAAAUGUCAGGAGGUGUUUCUGACAUCUAUAUCAAAGACUUACAUCUAUUCAACUCCAAUACCGGAAUCAGGAUCAAGACUUCUCCUGGACGAGGCGGGUACGUUAGAAACGUUCAUGUGUCUAACGUGAAGUUCCAUAACGUGCAGAAAGCUAUUAGGUUCACUGGUAUCGGUGUGGCGGGUCUUCUUGAAGGUAUAGAAGGAGAUGAGUUUAAGAACAUAUGUUUUCUUAAUGUUACUCUUAUAGUGAAGAAGAACUCGAAGAAAGCUCCAUGGAAAUGCUCACACGUUAGAGGCUAUUCACAGUGGGUUUCGCCGGAGAUUACUUGUGAUUCUUUUGGAGAGAAUAUCUUCCCGGAGCAUAGCUCUGAUUGUUUUGGGUUAUCAGAGAAUGAUCUGGAGAAAUCAAGUGGUUUAAGUAGAUCACCAUGGUUGCUUUCUUGGUAAGUUACUGGAGUUUGACCUAAGGGAAACACACACAGUUUGCUUGAGUGUGAAGAAACCUCUUCAAAUUUUCCUUCCAUUUUUUUCUGAGGUUUUGUUUUUCAAAAGUGAUGCUUUCGUUCUUUCUUCAUUUUUGUUGUUUUGUUGUAAAUUUGUGUGCAGUGAGGAGAAUAAUCAGAGUGACUUGAGAGCUUUUUUGUUGUUGUUUUUUUGUAUGGGAUUUUUAAUGCUUUGGUGAGCAGAACAAGUGUAAUAUCUUCUUCUCAAAGAUGCUUGAAACUGA